AUGAAGCUCGACGCAAAAGCCAUGCGGUAUUUCACCGCAGAAGACUUUCGAGUUCUCGCUGCUGUUGAAGCCGGAAGUCGCAAUCACGAAGUCGUUCCUACGCCGUUGAUAGUCCAAUUGUCUGGUUUAAGGGGUGGCAGUGGCGUUCACAGGAGUAUCUCGAAUUUAGCAAAGACGAAUCUCAUUGCGAAGGUGAAGAAUGCUAAGUACGAUGGAUACCGAUUAACUUACGGCGGUCUCGACUACCUAGCACUCAACACCCACCAAAAGCAAAAAAGCAUAUACUCAGUCGGAAACCAGGUCGGCGUCGGGAAAGAAUCAGACAUCAUCGUCGUCGCCGCAUCCGACGGAUCGCAGCGCAUCCUCAAGAUCCACCGUCUCGGUCGUAUCUCUUUUCGAACCGUCAAGACGAAUCGCGAUUAUCUUCGCAACCGUAGCACAGGGUCAUGGAUGUACAUGUCGCGACUGGCCGCUAUCAAAGAGUUUACGUUUAUGAAAGCUUUGCGAGAAAAUGGAUUCCCGGUCCCGGAGCCGAUUGCACAGAACCGGCAUACUAUUGUUAUGAGUUUAAUCGACGCUUUCCCUCUACGACAGAUUGCCAAGGUCGGAAAUCCGUCUGUUCUUUAUGCAGAGUUGAUGGCUAUGAUUGUGGAACUUGCACGUUACGGAUUGAUCCAUGGUGAUUUCAAUGAGUUCAAUAUCUUGAUCAAAGAAGAGCCGAUUACAAAUGGAAAAGGCAAAGCCGCAGAGAACGCAGAACUUAAUGAUGAGGACAUCCGGCUGGUACCGAUACUCAUCGAUUUUCCGCAGAUGGUGUCAGUGGAUCAUGUCAACGCAGAGAUGUAUUUUGACCGUGAUGUGAAUUGUAUAAAGAGAUAUUUUAAGCGUCGAUAUGGGUUUACGAGUGACGAUCCUGGUCCCUUCUUCAAGGAUGCGAUGAAACAGCUACGGAAGAAUCCGGGGAAGAGGUUGGAUGUUGAAGUUGAGGCGUCUGGGUUUUCGAGGAAGAUGGCACGCGAGUUGGAGAAGUAUAUGAAGGACGUGGGUGUUGAUGGCGAUAAUGGCACUGGCGAACGAAGUGACUUGGAUGACGACAACGAGAACGACGAUUCUGACGUGGAUGACGAUUCAGAGGAAGGCGAAGAAGAUGAGGAGGAACAAGAAGGUGUUGAUGGUACCGAAAGCCAACAUGUCGAAUCGACUGAUCGCGAUAUAGAGUCAAAUUCGCAAAGGAUAGCCGAUCUCAAAAUUUCCGAUUCUGGAUGA